AUGUCCGCCGAACCCUCCUAUCGGACCGAGGCCGCGCCCAUGGUCAUGGUCGUCGGGCUGACUGGUUCCGGAAAGAGCUAUUUCAUCAAUCGGCUUGUGGGACGGGAGGUAGUGCAGGAGGGGUCGAGCAUGAAGUCUUGCACGCAUUCGUGUCAACUGGUCGGGGCCGAGGUUGGCAGGAGCAAGGUGCUCUUGCUAGACACGCCGGGCUUCGACGACACGUUCCGGCCGGACUCGGAGAUCCUCAGCGAGAUCGCCCACAUCCUGGCCGCGCAGUACGAGGUCGGCGUGCAGCUGAAGGGCGUCGUCUACAUGCAGCGCAUCACCGACAUGCGGAUGACGGGCUCGUCCAUCAACACGCUCAACAUCUUCAAGGAAAUCUGCGGCGAGGCUGCGCUGAAGAACGUUCUGCUCGUCACCUCCAUGUGGGAUCAGGUCGACGAGGCUGUGGGAGCCCAGCGGGAGCGCGAGCUGCGCGACGAGUUCUGGGCGUACAUGUUGGGCCACGGCGCGACCAUUAGUCGCUUUCACGGCGAUACGCACUCGGCCGUCGCACUUGCAAGCCAGAUCCUGGUGCAGGACAGAGUCGUCUUGAGACUUCAAGAAGAGCUCGUCGACCACGGCAGGCCGCUGAAUGAGACGGCUGCGGGUGCUCUCGUGAACGACAGUCUCGAGGUUGUCAAAGCUCAAUACGAGAAAGAGCUCGCCGACCUGGAGCGGUUGAAGCGAGACUUGGUCGAGAGCGAUAGAGCUUUGAAGAGCAAGAUUCAAAAAGACUUUGUCAGGGAACAACAGCGCCUGAGAAGCGCUGAACAGCAGCAGUCAAGCCUCCGGGCCCCGGUUGGUGCGCACGUCCAGAGAUCAGUCCAGAGAGCAAGGUCUGGAGGAGGUGGUGGGUUACUGGACUGGGGCUUUCGAUUACUUCCGACUGUUCUUGGACUUCUCGGGCUGUCCUCGAACGUCUUUGAACGGCUGCUUGAUAUCCGCUGA